GCGCGAUUAUGUAUUUACUUUGCAUGUUCUUCAUAAAUAAAGCCUAGCGUAGUAAUUAUUAAUCCAACUUGUAUUAUGAUUCUGAGCGAUUUUUAAUCAUGAUACAUGCGGACCAACUAAUCGAUCGAUUGUAAUAAACCGGAAUCCAUGUACAAAGCCAAUCCUUAUCACUUAUUUAUCACCGGUUUUUGGGUGGACGGACCGGACGAGACGAGAAACAUGUCAAAAUGGCUUUCUACACUGUUUGCGAUCGUGUUUACUUUACGAAUUUAACUCACAAAAUGGACUCUAAAUCGAAAUAGUGUGUUGAUUUUAGUGUUGAACUAGUUAUGUUACACAACAGUGGGCCUUUCGGGCCGAACGAUGUACCUAUAAACAUGGGAAUACCUGUGAAUAUGACUCAAAUGUCAAAUCCAAUGAAUUUAGGGCAUAACUUGGGUAACUUGCCCAAAAUGCCUCAACCAACGCCUGAAACUGCAGCGUCGGCCUAUGAUAUACCGGAUUAUCGAUCAUUCGGUCAUUCGCCUUUGAAUAUGGGGCAUUCCAUGAGCCCUUUCUCAAGCUAUCAUCAUCUGAACUUUCAAACAAACUGUGUCCCUCCUAAUCCCAAUUUGCCACAUAAUACGACACCAAGCAGUCUUGACACCAAUAUUCUGCCCAUAAAUUUAAACACACACAGCGAUCACGGGCCUAGUUUGAUGAAUUACCACAAUCCUGAAAGCAAAAAUUAUGAUAUAAACAACUCGCAUUAUAGAGAAAAUGUCAGUCGGAAAGUACCGAUAAAUAUACCUCAGUUACACACUAAAGCUUUUCAAAAACAUCUAGGAAUGGACUCAAAUCAUGGUCAGUAUAAUCCAGUACAAGAAAAUCCAUGCUACAGUCUUGAUCCAACAAAAGCACCGGAAAAAUCUCUAAUUGACAGUAAUAAAAGAAAAAGCCUAGAGAAUACAGUGAAACUUAUUGAAGAUAUACUUAUAAAUAGUACACCUAAAGAUAAGUUAAAAAAUUUAAAUACUGAAUCAAUUUUGAAAGAUGCAGUCUCAAACAAAUCAAGUUUGGUUAUGAGAAACACAAAACUACAUGGAAUAGAUAAUAGUAAAAAUGUAAGCACAAAUAUUAAUUUAAGUCAUAAAACAUUAAACACACAUGAUCCUAAUUCUAAUGUUACUGAUUUCCUACGGACCAGAUUGGAAGGUAAAGAUACAAAAUCAGACAUCCAGGGUUUAAACUUGACCAGUAAAAGCUCACCAAACAAAUCUAUGGAUUUAAAUACAAAACUACAAAAAACAAAUAUGGAAGAAUGUUCAAAAACAACAAUGAUGGAAACUGACAUUAACAAUAUAUCGCCAAAUGAUUUAAGUAAAAUAAAGAAUGAAAAGGAACCUCUUAAAAUACAGAGUGAAAUUCAUUGUAAACCAUUAAGGCGGAGUCUUAUAAAUAAAAACCUGACUGAUGAAGAGGCGACACCGAGAGAGUCUGAUGGACCUGAUUCAGAAAAAGAAGACUUGAUAGCAGAAGUUGACAUCAAGAAAGAGAUUAUUGAGGAAGAUGUAGUCCAAAUAAAGGUGGAGAUGGAGGAAUGCACUGAAAGCGAGAGUUCGUUCCUUAAAGACAGUAAUGCUAUAUCCAGAGACACUUUAGAUGAGGAUGCUGUCAUCAUUGAAGAAAACAAUGUAGCACAAGCAAAAGAAGCUGCAAGAAAGGGUCCAAAUCCAAAAACCUACUUUGAAUGCUCCCACUGUAAUCUCCUCUUCAGACACCCAAAGCGGUUCCUGGUCCAUACGAAAUGGCAUACAUUCGGAUUGACCAAUGAGACGCGGCAUAGGUUGGAGAAAGAAAAGGAGCUGAAGAAGAGUAUGAAGAGAGAAGCUAGGAUUAUUGAAAGAUUGAACGCAAAAGAAGUUAAAGAUGGAGCAGAGGGCAACGUUCAUCCGUGCAAGGACUGCGACAAGGUCUUCUCAGUUAAAAGCAGCCUCAAAAAUCAUCGGCAGAAGUACCACCCAACCCGCGUCCGCGAGUGCAAGAUCUGCAAGGCGUCCGUGACGGGCUGGAUGGCGCUGCGGGCGCACAUGGCGGCGCACGCGGCCGGCGCCGCGCCCGGCUACUGCUGCCCCGACUGCCCCAAGCGGUUCAAAUACGCUCACUCUCUGGCCAAACACAAGGACACCCAUCUGGAAAAAACCCACAGCUGCGAACAGUGCUCCAAGAAAUUCGGUUCGCAAGCGUUACUGAAGAUGCACAUGAAAUGCCACGAGCGGGCCGCCAGGGGCGCCACGUUCAGGUGCACUUACUGCGGGAAAGGGUUCUUCGAGAGCUACAACUUGCAGGUCCACGAACGUACACAUCGCAACGAACGACCAUUCACCUGCGACAUCUGCAAGACCAGCUUCGGAACCAAUUCUAGUCUCAAGCGGCACCUUAAAGUUUCCCACAGCACCUCAAAACCCUACACCUGCGAAACGUGCCACCGCAGCUUCGCCUCGUCCACCACCCUCUCGCGCCACGCCGCGCGCGCGCACGGCGACGCCUCCGCCUUCCCGCACAAGUGCGCGCUGUGCCCGCGCCAGUACACCGCGCUGAAGGAGCUGCAGAAACAUAUAGGGAAGACCCAUAAGGAAGAGAGGGAUAGGGGAGAAAUAAGGUAAAAAUCAUCUACAUAACUAAGGGAAAACACAAACAUUUACACUUUUUCCUACUCCUCUACUAUUAUCUGUCAUUUAUGCAUUCAUUAACACGAAUAUAAGAACAUACAUAAAAGUUUAAAGAAAAGUCUAUAUUGUCUAUUCCUCAUAAAAGCUCUUGUGCUUUUAAUCGCUAUAACGUUACUGCGAUUAAUGGCUACCAACCUAACAAAACCAAAACGAAUACAGUUUUAAACUAAGUGCAUUGCUGCCAACUUACAAAAUAUUCAUUUGGUUGCAUAGUAAAAAUAAUUACUUCAUAAGUCAGAAACACGCAUGUGACACCCGUAAUAUAGCAACACCCAUAGACUACGAAGACCGCUUAGCGUUGCUUGUUAGUCUCCGUAGGCUACGGUGGCCAAAAUUGAGAAAAAACUGUCCAAAAAUUUAAUUUAGCAAGUAGCAAGUACCAGGGCCUCAUGAGUUACGAGGAGGUGUCGCCGACCGGCCGGCCGCGGCCACGUCGGGCCGGGCGCGUAACAAGGUAUGCUCGCGCGUCUUGGCUAUAUACUUUUGCUUUGUUUACCUAAAUUAAGAUUUAUUUUUGUUGACUCGUAGGAAAAAUAUUGUAUGCAACGUUGUAUAAGUAGGUCAAAAAAUGCUCGUGGCGUAUUCCUUUACAAUGUUCGCCUACGCCUUCGGCUCCGGCUCACAUUGUAACUCACGCCACUCGCCUUUUUUGACCCUUCUUAUACAACUGUUGCAUAAAAUACUAUAAAAUGGCUGUAUUUUAAAAUAGCAGCUUCAUGCUUCAUGGUAGUCGUGUUCGAGAUUUUCGUGCUAAAAUGGCUGACCAUAAUAGACCUUAUUUAUUUGCAAUAAGGUCGACAGUCAGUUAACAUCCAGUUUUGUGCCGGUUCAUCUUCCCGAGCACUUUGUAUUGUUUGGGGCCGAAAUCAGAAUAUUGUUAUGUGUGACGUCUUGUAUAAUGUGUUAAGUAUCUCAGAUAUUUUAUAAUUCGUGUCAUUCACGAUGACGCGUAGAUUUGUCAAAUCUAACCUUUAAUAACAUGACGAUACACGUCAUCGUGAAUGACACGAUCUAUAUAUGAAAGCCUAAACUUAAGAGAGUAAUUUUCAUAAAUACAGUAUCGAAUUUCGUAAAGUAUUUUAGUGCGUUACGCGUACUUUACCUAAUUAAUAGGCUAAUCGGUAGGUAGGUAUUAUCCAUAAUGGAAGAAUGUAUAUAAGGUAAAAAAAUAUAAUAGAUUUAUUUAAAGUUUAAGGUUUAAUGAAUCAAUAAAACAUUCUCAAGCGCUCAUAGAAGUUUCUAUUGAAAUGUUGAAACAACGUCAAUUUCUAUCAGGAGUGUAUUACAAUAACAUACAUCGGAUCGGAUCGGAUUUUGUGUAUUUAUAACUUUUUAUAAAAUAAUUACCAAACUAUGAAUUAAAAAUAGGUAGUAAGCUCCAAAUGUACUUGAAAUGUUAUAAGUUUUUGGCAAAAAUAGCAGUUUUGAUAUAAGCGUUUAUCGCUGACUGUACUUUUCCAUCCACAGGCAACUAAUACUCAUCGAGACAAUUCUAACAACCCCAAACUCAAUUUGAUUGCGUUGUCAAUCUCUCAAUUAGGAAGUAGAUCAAAUUUAACUUGCAAGAUUUGACCAGAACAAACACAUAGGUACAUUGCAGGUUAAAUAAAAGCUUGUAAAAUAGUUUCUUGUUUUUCAGUUUUUACCUAUUUUAGGUUAGUGUCAAAUAUUUCAGCGCCCAAAACUUGGAUGUAUGGUUAUUAUUGUCAUUAAACAGUUAUAGAGUUAAACCAUUUUUAAAAUACGCGUCCCUCCUUAGAGCAACUACGCUCACGUUUAACCUUUUUAACGCCAAUGACGGAUAUAUCCGCACCGUAGGUCCAACGCCGAAGACGGAUUAAUCCGUCACAGACCAUAGAGCAACAUUGACAUUCGUGCAUAUGCAUAAAGUUCAAUUUCAGUUUUGACACUUCGGUGUUUCGAGUGACAGCUUUUGUGUUUGACACGUGUGAAGUGUUUUUGAGGGUUUUUGAUCUGUAUUGGUGUAUAAUGACCGGUAUAAAAAUAGAUAUUUUCUUUCGAUAUAACAUUUGAUAUAAUUUCAAAUACUCCCCACAAAUAUUGAAAGAUCUCACGUCAUUCCACUAGGGAUCUUUCAAUAUUUGUAUUUUAAGUAUAAAUGCGUUGGAAAAACAAUUUAUCUUUAUUUACUACUAUUUGGAGAGUUCUGUAAAAUUUCGAUAUCAUUUAGGCUAGAAACAUUUUAUUUUAUUAUUUCCACGCAUUUAGAUUUUUUAAGGAAAAAAAUUACUUAAUAUUUGCCAAGACUCCCCCACGUGAUAUUUGAUGAUAUUCGGCAUAACUCAACCCGAGCACCUCACGUAAUUAAAAGACGCCCCCUACACCAGACAUCAGAUCUUUGAAUUUUCUUCUAUAUUACAUGUGAUAGAUUUAUUGUAAGUGAUAAGACCGCCUGUUUAUAUUUGAUGUGUAUUUUUUAUUAUGAUUUUUCGGGAAUACUAAACCGGGACACUAUAUAUAUAUAUAUUAUAGCUGGGCAGAAGUCCGUUAAUAGUUAAUUUUAAGUUAACUAUAAACCUGUAACAUAUUUGUUAACUUCCGUUAACUUUCCUUAAGUCCGUUAAUCGUUAAUACCUAAGUACCUACUCACACCAAGGCCGCGCGCUGCCGCGCCGCGCCGAUUACGUUCCGACUAAUUUGCGUUAGGUUUGCAUGCAGUGCAACUUGACAUAGCGCGAAUCGUCGUACGUCCUACUGACUAAGAGUCUUAUAUUGCUUACCCCGUGCGCCGUAUUAAUUUUGUUAUUACGAGAGUAUGACAAGAGUCGAUCGCGGCAACCUGAGCAGUUGCCAUAUAAGAUACACAGCUGCGAUUAACGAAGUUAACUUUUUGAUUAACGGUGCCCGGCUCUGAUAUAUAUAUAUAAUGUAUAAAACCGUCGUAACAAAUCUGGGGCGGCCCGUGCGGGUGGAAAGCGGGAGACGGGGGCAACAAACAAUUGGCCGGUAAUCUCCGGCCUGGGUAGAUAGAGGGGUGAUUUGACAGCUUGGUAGGGGACAGGUUAAUGGAUAUACACGUUAUAUCCAUUAGAUCUGAUAAGUUAAUGAAUACCUUGGAUAUACUUGUAAAAACACAUUUUACAUAAUUUUAACUUAUAACAGUUAUAACUAUAAAAUUACUAACUAGUAUUAAAUGUAAAAUAAAAUCGUUUUAGAAGCAUAGUUAUCAAUGUUGUAGUUAAAAAUCUAGUAAAUCUGAACUUAUUUCUAAGAAAAUACGGUCUACAUAUAAGUUUUUUAGUAGAUGUUGUUUAGUAUUUUUAUGUAUAUUGGAAUAUAUUUUUUAUUUUUCGUUGAAUCCUUAUAAAAAACAUAGCUUUAAGACAUUUGUAAUGAUGGAUCUUUUUUCAAUCACGGAACGAAAGCAAUGUGACAUUGCACAUAUAAUUCCAUACAUUACAACCGUGUGCACGUGGUUGGCUACGCAACAAUAAUCACGCAACGAAAGCAAUGUGGUAUUGACCAUAUAAUUCCAUACAUUACAACCGUGUGCACGCGGUUGUCUACGCAUCAAGCUAUAGUCGGGUUUUUCGCCUGAUGUGUACUAGCCUCAAUCCAUUCACUGCUAAGCUACCCUUGUAGCGCUACCAUGUAGACGAUACGGUGUUUUCCCAUUUGUCCCGCCGGGCACAGAUGGGAAUAGGCGCUUCAUAUACUUCAUUCUUAUUUGUCCCCGCUUCAUGUAUGGCGGCAAAGGGAAUUUGAAAUAGAAGUGGAUUGGCUUAACCUUUGGUAUGCUUAGGAGCUCUGCUCCAUAUAUAUACAACCAAAUUCAACUUAAACAUGCAGAUGUCAUGGUUGCUAAAUAAAUGGCAAAUUUUUGACAGGCACAUAUGAAAGGUUAAGGAGCCAUUUGAGGGAAGAUUUUGUUUACUUUUAUUUACAUAUCUAAAGAUACCUCUGUAUCUGAAAGUAAAAGUAACUAAACAUAGUACCUAGCUCAAAUGUCCCCCCAAUCACAUGUUUAAUUCUUAGAGUGAGGCCGCACUGGUGCGUUGAACGCUUUCAUGUGGCAUUUCAUAUCAAAAAUAUGUAAAACGACUCAGCGACGAAAUAACCCGAGAACGCGAUGCAACGCAACGCAACGCACCAGUGUGGCCCCACUCUUAAGGUUUGGGCCUUUUUUUGUGUUAGGAAUUAUCCUGCAUUUUGCAAUUUGGGACAAUCGAACUUUUAAUGUAAUAUUUAGAAUGAAAAACACUGAUUUCGAUUCUAAAGUUAUUUUUGUAUUUUUUUUUUUCAAGGUAAUUGAAAAUACCAAUAUUACUGUUUUUUGCUAAGGAUUUAUCUCGUUUUUUUAUGAAAUGUAAAUAUGUAUGUAUUUUUAAAGUCAAUCUAUCGAAUAUUACUUGUAGAUUUUUUGUAUAAGUGUUAAAUUGAUAGAUGUAAUUUAAUAAGUAUUAAGUCACGGAGAGAUUAAAUGUGGUCACAUAUCUUACGAA